UGCAUGGUCUAAAACAAAUUCUGAACCAUCUUUGUCUGAUGGCGAAGGUUCAUAUCAUCAAUGUGGCUGUUUUGGACAACCCAUCAGCCUUUUUUAAUCCAUUCCAGUUUGAAAUAACUUUUGAAUGUGUGGAAGACUUGCAGGAGGACCUAGAAUGGAGGAUAAUUUAUGUAGGCUCUGCUGAAAGUGAAGAAUACGACCAAGUGUUGGAUACGGUAUAUGUAGGUCCAGUACCAGAGGGUAGGCAUAUGUUUGUGUUUCAAGCAGAUGCCCCUGAUCCAACUAAAAUUCCAGUUGGUGAUGUAGUUGGUGUAACUGUUUUGCUCCUUACCUGCUCAUACAGGAGUCAAGAGUUUAUACGUGUUGGAUAUUACAUCAAUAAUGAUUAUAUUGACCCUGAGUUGCGGGAAACGCCCCCUGCCCUCCCUCAAUUUGAUAAACUUCAACGCAAUAUACUGGCCUCAAAUCCAAGAGUCACUAGGUUUAUGAUUAAUUGGGAUGAUGGUCAAAACAAGCCAGGAGAAAAUAAAAAUAAUGGCAUAGAGACAAUGUCUGAUGAAGCAUCAUCAUCCAAUCAUGUUCAGGCCAAUGGUAAUGGCAUAGAACCAGCACAGUGAAAUCUCGGGCUUCUUUAGUCC